UCCCGGCAUGCUGGGCGGCGCCAGGACGACAGUGACGUCAUUUGUGUUGUGUUGGAACCCGGAAGUAAGAAGUAAAAUCAGAGGUCGGAGCAGAGGCGGCUGCGGCGGUGGUCGGUGCAGGACAGAUGUCGCUGUUUGGAGAGAUGGAGGAGAUGGGGAGCCCCGACUUCCUGGAUGAUCUGCUGGACGACAUAUUCCCAAGUGGCUCUGCCGACAUCAGCCAGGGUGUGGGGGGCUGGGGGCCGCUGGAUGCCGAGGCCUUUAGUGCCACUGUGGUGGACCGUUUCCUGUCUGAACUCCUGGGCAGUCCGCUGGGUGAUGACCCGGGCUCCCCCCUGGCCAGUGACAGUGGAAUAUCUGAGGGCCACGCAGCGGUCCUGUCUCCUGCUAACUGGGAGCCAACUCCACCCGACAGCCCCAGCUUCAUACAGACUGAACACAACUACUCUAUGCUGCUGGAGGAUGAUAUCUGUGCCCUGCAGAGCGUGCGAUCCGAAACCUGUGAUGGGGAUGUGCUGAUCGACCUGGAUGUCUGCUUGGAGCAGUCUGACCUGGAGCUGACAGACCCGGGUAAUCUUUGUGUUGAGGAUGAGGAGGAGGAAGAGGAGGAGGACUAUGGCUGUCAGUACCAGAGUCAGCAGGGUCUACAUCUGACCGAGGAGGAAGCUCGGCUGCUUGGGAAGGAAGGAGUCUCAUUACCUCAGCAUCUGCCCCUCACAAAGGCGGAGGAGCGUGUUCUGAAACGCGUGCGCAGGAAGAUCCGGAACAAGAGAUCAGCACAGGAGAGUCGGAAGAAAAAGAAGGAAUAUGUGGACGGGCUGGAGAACAGGGUCACUGUGUGUACCGCUCACAAUCAGGAGCUACAGAAGAAGGUUCAGCAGCUGCAGCGGCAGAACUACUCCCUCCUCCAGCAGCUGAGAAACCUGCAGGCUCUGUUCAGCCAGACUGGAGCCAAGACCUCGUCCUCCAGCACUUGUGUCAUGGUCCUGGCGCUCUCUUUCUGCCUUAUCCUCUUCCCCAGCCUGUAUCCAUUUGGAUUAAACCUUGGAAACGGCAACCUUCAUGGAGUCCUUUCCCGUCAGCUGCGUGAGUUCCCUCUUCGGGGUGGUGCCGUCCCAGCAGAGGCCAAUGAGCUGGAAGUACGUCUAGACAAGGUGGUUCUAGACAAGUCUCCUUUGGGACCAUCUCAGGAGCCUUCUCUGCUGGACCUGUCCCAUCAGGAGCUCCAUCUGGAGCCGUCUCUGCAGGGUGCUCAGAAUGACACCCCUGAGAUCCAGGAUGUGGGGACUGCCGAAUCGAAGCCUUCUAUCAAUAGCAAUUCCUCCUCAGACCUUGACCCCAAGAAUCAGCAGGGAGCCAUGAGGCAGCCUGCGGCCGCCCACCGCUCUGAACCGCCGGAGGCAGUGCCCGUCAUAGCGGACAAGCAGGUGUGGCGGGAGAAGGGGCGCAGCGUCAUCAUUAGUCCUGUCCACUCGGAUGAGAUGUAGAGACUGCAGCCGUCUGGGCCUUGUCCUUACUGGGGCCACUUCUCUCUCGCCCCUUAUUAGACUGGAGGGGCUGGAACCCCCUUAUCGAGACACCCCGACCCGCCCCUUCUGGAAAUGGUGUAUCGGCGUCUGGGGGCGGGAGCUGCACUGAGAUCUGUAUAUAUUUAUGUCCUGUCUUGUAAGAAAUAAAUUUUAUAUAGUG